AUUGAUUUUGUCAUACAGGUACAGUUACAGAAAAACGGACCUAAUUGGAAGUAUGGCGUUCGUCAGCAGACUUCGACAAAACGCAAGUGACCCCAUCGUUCCACUUGUUUUUGACUGGGCAAUUAGGGAUGGGGCAUGCCCGCCGGAGCCAGAGGGUGAUGACAAGGAAACAAUUACCUACGGCGCUUGUGUUAGCACCCACAGCUAUUGUGUGAAUGCCAGCAAUGAAGCACCGGGCUAUUUCUGCAAUUGCUCAAGGGGAUACACCGGCAAUCCAUACAUAGAAAAUGGAUGCACCGAUAUUGAUGAGUGUGCAUUACGAAGAUCGCCAAAUACAACAUUGCAUGAGAUAAUGUAUCCUUGUCAUGGCGGGACAUGCAAUGAUACAGAAGGGGGUUAUGAGUGUAUAUGCAAUUUCGUACGAAGAGGUGACGGCAAGAGUGAAAGGGGCUGUGAACCCGUACUGUCCACGGCUGCAGUAGCAGCAAUAGGUGAGACAUUAUAUAUAUCCUCUACCUAACCACCCAUAUCAUGUUUCUAUAUCAUCGAA